AUGGUGAUGAUGAUUAUAUCACUGGGGCUUCUCUUUGUUGGACUUGGUAUGACAUCAGCUGCUGCUGGCCCAGGCAGCUGUGUGGGUCGAUGCGGUGAGGUUUUCAACAGAGGCUGGCAGUGUAAGUGUGACUUCAGCUGCCUGCAACAUAAUGAGUGCUGCCAGGACUUUGAGGCUACAUGCACCAUCGCACAGUCAUGUCAGGGUCGCUGUGGUGAGGUCUUCCGACGUGGUAAGCUGUGCGAAUGUGAUCCACUGUGUGUCCUCUACAACACCUGUUGCCAUGACUACAAAUUGAACUGCAAUGCCACAGUGCCACUCUCACCAGAGUCAUAUCGCGGCAGGUUCCAGUCUCUAAGGGCCACAGCUUCAGGAAAGCGGAAAUCCCAGAGGAACAGGAAAUCCUCCAAUAGUGAGAGUGAGGAAUAUUUCACAGGAAGAGGCCGCUGCCCAGAGCACCUUGGGGCUCAGUGUCAGGGUUCUUCAGGCCUCCUCAACUCACUGACUGUUGGCUUAUCUGACUCCACCCCUUCUGCUGUAUCAGCCAAUCAGCUACAACAUGGUGUGAGUAGCAUGCCUGUUGGCCUGCUGCCUGGGAUAGUCCCUUCCUCUCACAGCAGAGCUCCAUACUCACCAGCACCAAGCUCAUCUCUGCCCAUCAAUAAUGCUCCGUCUCUGGGCAUUGGUGCUCCAGUGAGCCCCCUGGCUCAUGGAGCUGUUGGCAGUAAACUGGAUGCCCAGCUUGUGUUAUCCCCUGGGGGAGCUGCUUCAUCUAUGCUUAGUCAAGGCCUUGGUGUUCCAGCAGGUUCCAGACCCAGCACUCUUCAAGAUGUAUUACAGGGCUUGGGGCAUGGAGGAUCUGAAGGACGAGGAUCUGAAGGACCAGGAACAGGGGUCUUUGCUGAUGUCGACCUAUGCAGCCAUUCUCCCAUCAAUGGACUGACAGCGCUCAUUAACGGGACCAUUCUGGUAUUUAAAGGCGAGUUAUUCUGGUCCGUUGAUCCCAUCAGCCGCUCUGUGGGUCAGCCACAAAGUAUCACAGACACUUUGGGCAUCUCAUCUCCCAUCGACACCAUCUUCACACGUGCCAACUGCCAAGGAAACACCUACAUUAUCAAGGGGGACCAGUACUGGCGUUUAGAUGGGAACAUGGUGAUGGAGCCGGGUUACCCCAAACCUCUGGUCUCAGAAUUCCCUGGUUUGACAGGACACAUCAGUGCUGCACUGGCAGUGCCGGCCACCAGGAGCAAACCAGAAACUGUGUACUUCUUUAAGAAUGGAGAAAUUUUGCAGAGCUUCACAUUCCCACCAGACAGCAUUCCUUCCUGCAGCAAGAAACCAAGAAAUUCCAUGAAUACUGGAGUUCUUCUGGGUGGAGAGAUCAACAUCAAAGUGUCUCUGAAGGGAUUUCCCACCCCCAUCACCUCGGCUCUGUCCAUGACCAGCCCUCAGGGGAGCGGCAGAUACCAUCACUACGUCUUCUCUGGACCUCUCUUCUUCAGCAUCCAGAUUUCAGGCGACCUGCCAGUGCUGACCAAGCCUGAUCCAUCUGCAUCCUUUGCACCUUUGCCCAUCCUCAGCCAAACUACUGUGGCAACCAGUUCUGCAAACAUGGCUGGCCAGAACACGGUCCUUCCCCAGCCAGCCAACUCUAUCAGAGUUUGGCUGCGCUGUCCUUAG